CAACAAAGUUUAUUCCUAAAAUAUUUUAAAAAUUGUUUCAAAAUAUAAAAUAAAAUGCCACAACAACUAGAAGUGGUGCAAAGAUUAACAGCACAUAAAGGUAAAGUAUGGUCGGCAUCAUGGCAUCCUUCAGGAAAAAUGUUUGCAAGUUGCGGUGAAGACAAGACAAUAAGAAUUUGGUCACAGGAUAAAAAUGAUUGGGUGAUGCAGACAGUUCUUUCAGAUGGUCACUCGAGAACAAUCAGAGAUGUAGCAUUUUCGAAUUGUGGAAUGUUUCUUGCUUCAACUUCAUUUGAUGCGACAAUCUCAAUUUGGGAUAAGAAAGGAAAUGAAUUCGAAUGUAAUUCAACCCUUGAAGGGCAUGAAAAUGAAGUGAAAAGUGUUGCCUGGUCAGUAACGGGUAACUUUCUUGCUACUUGCAGUCGAGAUAAAUCUGUCUGGGUUUGGGACAUCGGAGCAAAUUGUGAGGAGUUUGAUUGUGCAGCAGUGUUGAAUGCACACACACAAGAUGUGAAAAAAGUUAUUUGGCAUCCACACCUUGACAUUCUGGUUUCUGCAAGCUACGAUAAUUCUAUUAAAAUGUACAAAGAAGAUUCAGUUGACAAUGAUUGGAUUUGUACAAACACUUUGCAAUCGCAUACUUCAACGGUGUGGAGUAUUUCAUUUGAUAAAACUGGCAAUCGAUUGAUCAGUUGUAGUGAUGACAACACUUUGAAAGUCUGGCAAAAAUAUGACGUGAACAAUGAAGAAGGAAUUGUUACUCCUGAUAAUGAGCCCACCUGGAAAUGCGUUUGUACACUGUCUGGUUACCAUGAUCGAAGUAUUUACGAUGUUUCAUGGUGCAAACUUACUGGACUUAUUGCAACUGCUUGUGGUGAUGACAACAUCAGAAUAUUUAAGGAAACUGAAUCAUCUAAUAAAAAAAAUGAGCCAACUUUUGAAUUGGAAACAAAAAUUUUAGCGCACAAACAGGACGUGAAUUGUGUGAAGUGGAAUCCUGUAAUACCUGGACUUUUGAUAUCGACAAGUGAUGAUAGUGACAUAAAAUUAUGGAAAUUUAAUGUAAAGAAAUGAUGAGCUUUUUAUUAUAAUACAUUACUUAAUUCCAUUUCAUUCGAUUAUCUACAUACUUAAGAAGGAAAAAAUAAAAGAAAUAAUGGAGAGUUUCAGUUAUCGAA